UCUAAAAGAGUAGCCUCGAUCUCAGGCCUCUUCAGGGGAGGCCAGUGAAGAAGGCUAAUAAAAGAGAAGCCAUGUAAAUGAAUGGUAUGAAAAGGGUGGAUCUGCAAAGAUAGGGCCAAAGUUCAUUGAUAGACUACGUACUUCUACAUAAUUAUUAUAAAUAUAAAAGUCUGAUCUACAAAUCAACCUAUGACUGAUGAGUAUCAAUGUUCAAACCAAUGGAGCUUCGGAGACUGCUGAUAGCUUCAAUUAAAUUUCACAGGAAUGCUCAUAAACCAUUGCUAGGUCCCUUGGCUAGUCAAUGUAGCCUCCGAUAUAUGAGUUGCUUACAGUACACUCAUACUCCCAGUGGGAGUACAAGUGCUAAACUGGACAACCAUGGUAAAAGUUUAAUAGUACAAGCCAAUGGCGAAGAUUCUUCUUAUCAUUCGACCUGGUUGAGGCACAACUGCCAGUGCCCCUCCUGUUUGGCCCCCAGUGGACAGAAGACCAUUGACCUCUCUGAGAUUACGCCGUCAAUUACGCUUAAAUCUGUUGCGCUCAUAGAUGGCAGGCUAAAUCUCUUCUGGUCCAGUGGUCACCAUGGCUACAUUCAGAUAGAUUAUUUACAGACGAGAAGAAAUUUACAGCAAAAUGCAGACCUGUCCACUCCUAAAACAGCUAUUGACCUUCCAGUAAUGAGUGCCACGGGAUUGACGAAUGACAGAGAGAAGCUAUGGAGGUGGCUUUAUUUGCUCAAUGAGUAUGGUGUGUGUCUGCUGACAAACAUGGGGGAAGUUCAGGAAGAGUGCAAAAAGCUCGCUGAGACCAUGUACAAUGUCCAAGAUACAGUAUAUGGAGAGACAUUCCAUGUGGAAGCGCAAGAAGAUUUUGUCAACAUCGCCUAUAGCAACCAGACUCUAACAUUUCACAUGGAUCUAAUAUAUUAUGAGUCGCCUCCUGGUCUACAAAUACUGCACUGUCUCCGUUUUGACGAUUGUGUGGAGGGGGGCGAGAGUGUGAUGCUAGAUAUGUUCCCAGUGGUAGAAGAGCUACGAGAGAAGUGGCCAAAACACUUCAAAACACUAUCAAGGGUGCCUGCCACGUUUCAGAAAAUACAUUAUGAAAGAGAAAAGCCUGUGGAAAUGGUGUCCUAUUGUCCACAUAUCCAGCUGGACAGAUACGGAAAGGUUGUGCGAAUGUCAUGGUCUCCUCCCUUUGAAGGACCACUGGAUGUACCCAAGGAAGAUGUUAUUCCUUACUAUGAGGCUUACCACUGUCUCGCUCAAAUGUUGGAUAAAUCCAAAUUGAAACUGAGCCAUCGACUUAAGCCAGGGGAGGCAAUGACGUUCAAUAAUCGAAGAAUACUGCACUCCAGGAAACAUUUUACUCUUAACGGAGGACAAAGACAUCUGCAAGGUGCUUAUGUGAAUAUUGACCACUUCAAAAGCACUUACGAAGUUCUCUGCAAACAACUCGGAAAAACUGAAGUUCCCAUCAGACGAGUUUUCAAUGUGAACUCAUCAUAGAUUAUAGCCGCUAUUUGGGGCGUCCCCUAAUAGAGAGAUGACUGCAUGUAUUCACUCGGAGUGGCCUAUGUAGUCUAAUGUAGAUGACAACCAUGUUUUUAAGCUGUAUCUUAUACACCUUGUGUGUACUGAUUACAUCUCUAUUUAUAAUAAUUAUUAUGCAUAUAAAAAAUUAUAUACCGAUACAUGUAAUAUUAUUUCCGUAGCUAAGUGCAUAUAUUAACCCAUUUUCAACGAUGACAUAUUUUUUGCUCAUAA